AUGACAUCUGUUGUCAAAAGAGCGUUGCACAAGAUCGAACUUCCAGAGAACGAACAAGGUAAUCGUUGGAGCAAUGAGGACAUUCAACCUGUUCCUCCGGAGCGCCAAACAUGGGGUCCAAUUCAAUUUGUGGAACUCUGGUUUCUCAUCAACCUGAACGUGAGCAGUUAUCAAACUGGUUCAUCUCUGUUGGCUUCGGGGAUGACAUAUUGGCAAGCCAUUAUUGUCAUCCUCGUCGGUAACGCUCUUGCGAGUGGCUUCGCCGUGCUCAACUCAGUAUCCGGGGCCCAAAGUCAUCUGGGCUUUCCGAUCGUUUGCCGAAGUGUUUGGGGCAUGUGGGGUGCGUAUUUCCCGAUCCUGAACCGAAUCUUGACGUCAAUUGUCUGGUACGGUGUGCAGGCAGUCAUUGGGGGUAAGAUGAUCUAUAUCUGCCUUCGCUCAAUCUGGAUGGAUUUAGACGAGCGCAUUCCCAACACCCUGCCCGAAGGCAUUGGGAUCACCACUGCGCAAUUCAUGGGAUAUGUGCUCUUCAACUUCCUCUGCUGCAUCUUCAUAUGGUUCAGGCCUCAACAGCUCCGUCCUUACUUUCACGGUGCAUCUGUGGUCGUCGGGAUCACUUUAAUCUGCCUUUUGGGUUGGGCCGUGGGGACUAGCGACGGGUAUGGAUCGGUCUUCAAUGCCAAAACCACCAUUCCCUCAUCGGAACUGGGUUGGCAAAUGAGCGCAGGCAUCAUGUCUGUCAUCGGGAGCAUCGCCUCUGGCAUAUUGAAUCAAAACGACUUUACAAGAUUUGCAAAGCGCCCGAGCCAUGUCACCUGGACGCAAGGAAUUUCCUUCUUCACGUCCAGUUCCAUGAAUGCUAUCGUCGGCGUUGUGGUCACUGCCGCCACCCAAGAACAAUACGGCCACGGCACUGCACUAUGGGACCCCAGUACCUUGUUCAUGGCCAUCCAGGACCAGGAUGGCUCCGGGGGUCGAGCGGCGACAUUCUUUCUAGGAAUCGUCUUCAUCGUUUCGCAGUUGUCAAUUAAUGUUGUCGGAAACGUGCUGGCUGGUGGACUCGAUGUUGCCAGCGUCUUUCCCAAGUACAUCAACCUCCGACGCGGAGCAUAUGUCCUUGCAGCUCUCUCAGUAACACCAAAUCCAUGGCAGCAACUCUCCUCAGGAUCAACAUUUCUCUCCGUUCUUUCGGCUUAUGCCGUUUUCUUGGGACCUAUGAUCGGUUUGCUCUGCGUCCACUUCUAUAUCAUCCAAAAGAGACGUUUCCACGUGCCCGACUUAUACAUUGGUUCCAAAAAGUCGCUCUACUGGUACUACUACGGCACCAAUUGGCGGACCGUCGUCGCUUGGGUGUGCGCCGUCAUUCCCAGCAUGCCUGGUUUCGUUCAUUCGGUGAACCCUUCACUCCACGUCGGGAUUGGUGCCAGCCGCAUCUUCAGCCUAAGUUUCGUCCUGGGAUUUGUUCUUUCGGCCAUCAUCGCCUGGCUUCUGCACCAGAUCUUUCCGUUCCAAUAUCCCGAGAUAUCGGCUAUCGUGGCUGAAAUGGAUAGCGCAAGCUCCCACGGUGAACCCGUCGAGGCUGUUAUUGAGGAGACAAAGAUGGCGUCUAAAGGAGUACGAAACGUUUAA